GUGGUUGACAGGAAACACCAGCAAAACUUGCCGUUAAACCAGGAAUUACUUCGCCACAGAAAAAUAAAGUAUUUUUCUAAACUAUUAGGUGUUAUAUAGUGGCUCAUAAUGUCCGCCAAUGCCUUUCAAGAAACUGUUGAACACUCUGGACUGCACAAGUUCCUCUCUGCUGUGUUUUACGCCGGCAGCUCCCUUCUGAUCACGGUGGUGAACAAAACCGUGCUGACGAGCUUCAGGUUUCCCUCCUACAUGUGUCUGGGAAUUGGCCAGAUGAUCGUCACUGUUGUUGUGCUUUAUGCUGCCAAAAAGACCAAAACAGUCCAGUUUCAAGAUUUUGACAGAAGUGUUCCCUUAAAAAUAUUCCCUCUUCCUUUGCUGUAUGUUGGAAACCAUAUAACAGGCCUGGCAAGCACCAAAAAGCUCAGUUUACCCAUGUUCACUGUAUUACGGAAAUUCACCAUAUUGAUGACAAUGAUCUUGGAAGUAUAUAUACUAAGAAAAACAUUUCCAAAACGCCUUGUGUACAGUGUUGUUGCCAUAGUUCUUGGUGCCAUGAUUGCUGCAAGUUCUGACCUGGCCUUCGAUAUGGAGGGCUACACCUUCAUCCUGUUCAAUGAUGCCUUCACUGCUGCCAGCAGUGUGUACACCAAGAAGAAACUUGGGACUGAGGGCCUUGGCAAGUAUGGCGUCUUAUUUUACAAUGCUCUGAUCAUUGUUAUCCCCACUCUCUUGGCAAGUGCAUUAACUGGAGAUUUACAUGAGGCAGUCAUAUUUGAGGACUGGGUUAAAGCCACAUUUAUUGUUUGUUUCCUCAUGUCCUGCUUCCUGGGGUUUGUUUUGAUGUAUUCCAUAGUCCUGUGCAGCUAUUAUAACUCUGCACUUACUACGACAGUGGUGGGGGCAAUAAAGAAUGUUGCUGUUGCAUAUAUUGGCAUAUUUGUGGGUGGAGACUAUCUGUUCUCUUGGACUAACUUCCUAGGCCUCAGCAUUUGUAUGUCAGGUGGACUAGUGUAUUCAUAUUUCACCUUUAGCAGCAAAUCACCUGGAUGUAUCACAGAAGGAGCACACGAGCUGAAGAUUCAUAUUACAGAAGAUUCAACUGGGAAGCACUUGACCAGUUGAAUGGACAAUAUUUUAGCAUCCACCACUUGGUGGCACUGUUCUGCUUCAUAUUGAAGCAUAAUGUUGCUGUAACACUUUUAUAUUUAUUUCAACUCAAUGAAUUGAUAUCCCUGGAUACAUCACUGGUGCUAUCUAUUUAAUUCCACUAUUAAAUCAUGAAUGUACACAUUGACAA